UGAAAUGACAAGAACUCAUUUAAAUUCAUAUUUAGACAUAUCAUUACAUGUAAAUUGAUUAUAACUGGUAGAGCUCACACUUUGUUGACUGGUAAACUUGCUGACUCGAUCAUUUCUUGCACAAUAAUUUGCAAAUAAAGUAUUAGUACUUGUUUUGAUAGUUAUAUAAAACCUAGAGGGUCAUUUUCUCAUGUUUUUGAAAUGCUAACAUGUCAUUUUCAUUUUUACUGACUACAAAAUAAUUAUGUUAAUAGGAAAAAAAUAUUAAGCAUUUUCUGGUGAGUUUCUGUUGCAUAACUUUGAUAUGCAUUCUGCUUAUUGAGCUGCCUCUGUUUCUACCAAGCACUGAUUAAGUAGCUUCUGUGAAUGUCUAUUUAAAAGCAUCUAAUAACUUUACAUAGUGUGGCAUAUGACUAUAUAGAUUCAUGCCUUUAACUAGGAGUUUUGAUCUCAGAAAAUAAUUUUAGCAUCACAGUGGUCUCUGCAUUCCAUUUCUCAAGAGAAGACAGUGCCAUAUCACAGCAAUUUGAGUUCCUUCUUUGAAGUGAACAAUUUGAAUAUUAUUACAAAGUGAGUAUCAGUACAACAGUUUUUAAAGGUACUUUGGAGUGAUGUUGAAGUAGUUCUGGAGUAACAAUAUUUUAGCAAAAGAUGUGUUAAUCACUUACUAUCUCAUUUAUUAAGUGUCAUGUUAUGACGGGUGCAGUGCUCAUAAUUAAUAGCAGUAUUAGAACUUUGCUUCCAUGAGAGGGUUAUUUGUAACAAAAACCCUCAUAUAAAGACUGACUUUUCCGUAUGAAAGGUGUAAUCUGGCAAAUUCUCCUUCAAGCACUUAGGCUCAACUCUUCCAGUUCCUGGUAAAGCCAUGCUUUUCUCUAUAAUACCUCAUGGAUGAGUGAGCCCUAGUCUCCACCGGUGUUCUGAAAAGUUAUCUCAUGGUCCCUAGACAUAAGCAACUUUUCUCCUGCUUCUGCUGAGUUCAAGUGGAUAGUGAGUUCUUCUACACUUCACUGAGUUGGACAUUGAAAAGUUAUAACACAGAAAGAGAGCUGUCUCCAAAAAUGAGAAAAAGAAAAAUGGCAAGCAGAUAAACCAAAGGAAGAGUUGUUUUCAGCUAAAGCUGCUGGAGGAAUCCAUGCCCUGCUCCAAGUCCCCAUGGCUGCUGGAGGGAUCCAUGCCUUGAUCCAAGUCCCCACUGGAGGGAUCAAUACCCUGCUCCACGUCCCCACAGCUGCUGGAGGGAUCCAUGCCUUGCUCCACGUCCCCACUGGAGGGAUCCAUGCCCUGCUCCACGUCCCCACAGCUGCUGGAGGGAUCCAUACCCUGCUCCACAUCCCCACAGCUGCUGGAGGGAUCCAGGCCAUACUCCAUGUCCCCACUGGAGGGAUCCAUGCCUUGCUCCACGUCCCCACUGGAGGGAUCCAUACCCUGCUCCACGUCCCCACGGCUGCUGGAGGGAUCCAUACCCUGCUCCACGUCCCCACGGCUGCUGGAGGGAUCCAUGCCCUGCUCCACGUCCCCACGGCUGCUGGAGGGAUCCAUGCCCUGCUCCACGUCCCCACGGCUGCUGGAGGGAUCCAUGCCCUGCUCCACGUCCCCACGGCUGCUGGAGGGAUCCAUGCCUUGCUCCACAUCCCCACAGCUGCUGGAGGGAUCCAUGCCUUGCUCCAAGUCCCCAUGGCUGCUGGAGGAAUCUAUGCCUUGCUCCACAUCCCCACGGCUGCUGGAGGAAUCCAUGCCCUGCUCCAUGUCCCCACUGGAGGGAUCCAUGCCUUGCUCCACGUCCCCACAGCUGCUGGAGGGAUCCAUACCCUGCUCCACGUCCCCACAGCUGCUGGAGGGAUCCAGGCCGUACUCCAUGUCCCCACUGGAGGGAUCCAUGCCCUGCUCCACGUCCCCACAGCUGCUGGAGGGAUCCAUGCCCUGCUCCACGUCCCCACGGCUGCUGGAGGGAUCCAUGCCCUGCUCCACGUCCCCACAGCUGCUGGAGGAAUCCUUGCCUUGCUCCACGUCCCCACUGGAGGGAUCCAUGCCCUGCUCCACGUCCCCACUGGAGGGAUCCAUGCCCUGCUCCACGUCCCCACAGCUGCUGGAGGGAUCCAUGCCAUGCUCCAUGUCCCCACUGGAGGGAUCCAUGCCCUGCUCCACGUCCCCACUGGAGGGAUCCAUGCCCUGCUCCACGUCCCCACUGGAGGGAUCCAUGCCCUGCUCCACGUCCCCACAGCUGCUGGAGGGAUCCAUGCCAUGCUCCAUGUCCCCACUGGAGGGAUCCAGGCCCUGCUCCACGUCCCCACUGGAGGGAUCCAUGCCCUGCUCCACGUCCCCACGGCUGCUGGAGGGAUCCAUGCCCUGCUCCACGUCCCCACAGCUGCUGGAGGGAUCCAUGCUGUGUGUGCAGCAUCUGUCUCUCACAGUGGGACCGUGAUCCCAGCUGGCCCCAAGGGAACAAGACAGGGUCCCCUGCAGCACGUGUGUUUGUUGAGGCCUGUGGAGAGAGUCCCUGUGCGAUCUAUAUAUUGGAUGAGUGGGUCCCAGUUACUCCAAAUGAGCCACAGCUGCGAAGUCCUUAGUAGGGCAGCAGCUGUAGCUCGUAAAGAUAACUGGGAAAAAAGGGGGUGGGCCAAGAGCCCAGGGCGAGCCCCUGUGGAAGCCAUGAGGAACUGUGCUGCAGAGAAGAACUGCAUGGUAGAAAACUAGCUAGAAGGUAUGGACUUUAAGAAUAUAAUAGCAACAGUAUGGGACUCUAGAAAUAUGAAAUACAACAAGGUAUCAACAAUUGGUGCCCCAUUGUGAUGGAGGUAUGCAGCCUGAGAGCUGUAGCAGCCUGAAGAGCUGUAGGGAAGAAUAUAGCUAUUGAAUCAAGGAGCUGUGGCAGCCAGGAGCUGUGAGAAAUAUGGCCUUUGAGUCAAGAAGCUGUGUGUGUUGUACAUGACCUUUGAGUCAUGGGGGAAUGUGUGUAUUGUAUUUGUGUGGUGUGUGAGGCCAUUGAGUCUUGGGAUAAAACAUGUAUUGUAAGGAAAUGCAUAUAUUGUACUUGAAUAUCUAUACUGUAUUUGAAUAUAUUUGUUAGUAAUAGAAAAAGGGGGAAAUGUGGAGAGAGUCCCUGUAAGAUCUAUGUGUUGGAUAAGUGGGUCCCAGCUAUUCUAAAUGAGCUACAGCUGCAAAGUCCUUAGUUGGGCAGCAGCUGUGGCUUGUGAAGGCAACUGGGAUAUAAGGGAGGGGCCUGUGUGGAAGCCAUGAGGAACUGUGCUGCAGAGAAGAACUGCAUGUAGAAAACUAGCUAGAAGGUGUGGACUUUAGGAAUAUAAUAACAACAGUAUGGGACUCUAGAAAUAUGAAAUACAGCAAGCUAUCAACAGAGGCCGAGUGGGCCUGUGAGUGUGCCUGGCCCUGCCCUUGCACUGGCUCUGCUGGGGCAGUGUCACCCUGACCCCUGUCAGGCCACCAGCUCUGUCAGCACCAGAGUUUCAUAAAUCCUCUGCAUCUCAAUGGGUUGCUGUCCACAGGGAAAAGGAUGCAACGCAGCAAUUCCAAGAUAUUUCAGAUGUCUUCAAAAUAGCCUGUCUAAAAGCUUAAAAACCAAAUAAUGCCCAUUUCUACAUUUAUUAGGAAUUUCAGGUUGCAUGCAUAAAGUUACUGGAAGCAUGCUCUUGUAGUUUGAUUAAUAAUAUCUUUUUUUAAUAAGUGGAAUUUUGAAUGAAUGGCAAUUGUUUCCUUUAGCCUCCUCCACAGGAGGCUAGUCUGAGUUUGCAUAAGCUAACUUAACUUCCCUGUAUCCCAAGAAGAUAGAUGCAUGGAAAUCCUUUGAUAAAGUUGAAAUGCACUUUGUUAUUUUGUUUGGUGGAUACUGUUGCCCCCUGGAGGCCAUUUCUCGGUUAUCAAAAUAUUAGAUUGGAACUUAAAUUAAAACUUAGAAAUGUUUGCUAUGAUAAACAAAAUAUUCCCUUUGGCAAUUAAAAAUAUUGCUACUUUAAUUAAAAGGGUUUAUGAGCUUAUCAGAGAAAUAACUUAUUUCUUACUAUGCUAAUUAUUUUUCUGCAUUUGCUGUUUAGAUUUGCAAAUUGCUAGAGAGUAAAAUUUAAUUGGUUUUUAAGGGAGAUGAAUAUUUAAUUUGAAUACAGUACUUGGGAAAAACAAGGAUUUUGUGAAUAUGUGUGUGUGUUUUUUAAACAGCAUAGAUAAUCAACCCAGGGAGCGUGAAUGUCUCCACAUGAACUGUAGCCAGGUCUGUAUGCAGUGCUCUGAGGAGUUGCUCGUUUUGCCCACGGAAGCUGCCCGUGCUGCUGAUCUUGCUCCUGGCAGUGCAAGGGAAGGGCAGAGCAGGGCUGUGGCUGGAGGCAGCCCUGGGCCCCGCUCAGGCUCUGCAGGAGCUGUCUGGCCUGUGACAGCAAGGGUUCAGCUAAUGGCCGAGUGACCCGGGCCUCACAUCCCUCUCCUUCUCCACUGCACGGCCUCCUGGAAAGGGAGCCCUGCAGGCCUUCGUUCCGGAGCCACACAGGGUGACCUUCUGAAAAGAGAGUGGAAACGAGAUCCCUGCAUUUGUGUGAGAAGCAUGUCCUCUUUUCCCUGCAUUCCUGGGUCUGCUAGUCUUUCAGCUUUUUAUAAGUUUGGUGCAUGGCUAUCUGCAACUGAGAUUCAGGCUAGACAGCAAUGAAUGUCAGUCACUGACCAUUGGAAUAAAAUCACAACUACUGACCCCAUUCCACUGUUAAUAAUUAAUUGGGCUGCUCAUGGAGAAAGAUUUUUUUUUUUUUUUUUUAAAUGUGACUACAAGCCUAUUUCUAAACACUUAGUUCUUGCUGGCAUUUCUAAACAUUGUCAUUCAUGCUAUGAAUUAAGUGUUAAGUCAUACAUGUUAAAUUGUUUUGCUUUUGUAAUUAUUCUCUUGCCUAUACUUGUAAUAGACUUUUUUCUUCAUAGGUGCUGUACCCGUCAGCUGGUGCUCUGAUUUCUGCUGCUUCCCCUGCCUCCCAGGAUAGUUUUGCUAUUCUGUACCAGGCUUCCUGCCCUGGUGAGCACUAGAAUUUCAGGACAUAGCCAUGCUGGCAAAGAAAUAACCUUGUGCUAGUGCAAGGAGUAUCAGGUCUGUGAAGGGAACAGAAUAAGGGCAGUGCUGGGCACUGCUUCUCCCACAUGUUGUCUAACCCCAGUACAGCUGAUGUAUCUGGUGGUUAAUGAGCCAUACACCAGGACAGACUCCCUGUUCUAGAUCCCUUCUUGGUAUUUGGCUGUUUCUUGCCAUCCUCACAUCAAUCCCAUGUUGCAGGAAGUCUGGCAGCUUUCUGAACAGGCAUAUGGAGAGCAUUUGUUUCUCCUUGCAAACUCGUUGUCUGAAGGCUGUGAGUGUCCCUCCUUCUCCUGCUCUUUCUUUUCUUCCUCUGUCACCAUUGGGUUCAGUACUUCAUUUUAUGCAAAACGUGAUCUGGUUUGUUGUACUGAGCUUCAUUAGCACUUCGUGUAACCUGAGUUAUGGCCUUUAAAACUACUGAAAAGCAAAGAAAUGGUGCCUGGUAAGGAGUGCAAUAUCUGGGCUAGAACGAGUUAUUUUCUGCUGGUAAUGUCGGUACCACAUGCAGUAGGUUCAAGUGUUAUAAUAGAGCUGUGUAAUAUCAAUGGAAAUUAUUACUGUUUUUUUCUGGGCACACUUGGGAAUAUUUCCUUAGAUGCCAGGAAUUUGUAGUUGAAGCUCUCUUGAUAUGCUUCCUAACAAAUGAAAAGAAUUACAUUUUCUGCUGGUGAAAAUGUUCAGUCUGUGACAUAGCUCAGCAGUGUUGAUAAAGUGAAAAUACUUAAAUUUUGAGGAUGAUCUGAUGAUUUGAGUCUUAUCAAAUGAGAUUACAUUUAUAUGCUUCCACACGCUUCCACCUUGUUUUUACAUAUC